AGCGCCCAGGAGAUGCAGUCUCCCUCGGCGGAGGUGCCCCCUCCGCAACCGCCCAGCCCCGAGCUGAAGGACACGUCCUAACCCCGCCCCGGGGGGACUUUGCUGACCAGCGGAGGGAGGAGGGGGCUGCGGGGCACCAGCCCGGCUUUCCUGGCACGGCCGGAGUCCGCUGGGAUUUCCUCGGUGCUGCCGCAGCCCAGACCCUCGAGUGCCACCCCCGGCACGGGGGAGCGGCGGGCGCGGCGGGGACACGGUGGGGACCUGCCGUGACAAAGGGGCCAUUCCCACCCGCGCCCUGGGCCAGGACUCGGAGGGGGGAAUUUUUUUUGCCUCUCCAGGGGGAGGAAUAUUUUUCUUCUGGGGCAUUUGGCGGAGCCGAGCGCGGAGGGGGCCCCGGGGGGGCCCUCCCGGCCGCAGGAGCAGCCACGGUGUUUCUUGCUGAGUGUGGUGUUCACUGUGAUGUUUUUGGGUACCACCUCGUGUCCUGGCUUUUCUUCUGGGGCGUGUGGGAGCCUUUCUCAACAACUGGGGGGAAGGGGGAUCACGACACAACUUCAACAGCCCCCCCGGCACUUAAGCAAAGCCCCCCCUGCAGCCAGCACGUCGCUGAGGGUUCCCACCCAGGGUGGCCUCUGCUCCUGGGUAUGGGGAGAUGGGUGAUUUUGGGGAGUGGGGAGCAGGGCGAUGCUGUUUGGAGCAUGCCCAGCCCCCAUGCCAGGGGCACCCACGGGUCCCCACGCUGGGUUCCCCUCCCGCAGCCCCGGGACUGGGGGAAGCAGCGGGGCCAGUGGGGUCCUGCGGCGUUCGGUGAUGCGAGAGACACGGAGAGGGGCUUUCCCGGGCUCUCCCAAAUCCCCUGCUUCUGCCAGCGGCGGGCAUGGGACCCUCCUGCCCGGGCACCGAGGGGCUGAGGGAGGAUUCACUGCCGGCUCUGCCCGGGCCAGGGGCUGGAUGGCCGGGAUGCCGGAGCCGGGCAGGGCGGUUGGACGUGGAGCUGGACCCAUCCCAUCCCAUCCCGGAUGGUCACCUAUAGCUGUCGCUGUGGGACCAGCAAAGCGAUCCCGAAGCCCAAGUCCCCUCUCUCUGGUCACCGCCCGGGCGGUGGCCGGGACAGGGAGAGCUGUGCGGGGCCACCCUCAGGGACACACCGCACCCAGCACCCCGGAGGGGCCGGGCAGCUCCCGGGCACUGUGUCCAUCGCUCGGAGUGGGGGCCAGUCCCGGGUGGAACAGGGUGUGGGGUGUGGGAGGACACCUGUGUGCGUGGACACCCGUGUGGGGGCAUGUGCAGGGCCGUCCAUGAGCAGGGCACACGUGUGCGUGUACCUCCGUGUGCGUGUGCAUGUGCAGAGCCAACCACGAGCAGGGCAUACAUGUGCAUGUGUGAGGGGAUUCAUGGCAUGGGCACCCAUCUACAUGGGCAUCCGUGUGCAUGUAUGGGUGUGCAUCCCUAUGCAUGUGCAUCCAUGUACGUGUGCAUCCGUGUGCACGUCCAUGCUUAUGUGUGGGCACCCGUGUGCAGGGAUAUCCACGUGCAUCCGUGUGCGUGUGCGUCCAUGCAUGUGGGCAUCUGUGUUCCUGGGCACCCAUGUGCACGGGAAUCCUUGUGUGUGGGCGUCCUUGUGCAUGAGCACACGUGUGCAGGGAUGUCCAUGUGUGUGGGCGUCCGUGUGUGGGGGCAUCUGUGUGCACGUGCACCCACGUGUGUGGGCAUCCGUGUCCAUGGGCAUUCAUGGGAAAGAGCAUCCAUUUUCAUGUGCCUCCCUGUGCAGGGGCACCCGUGUGCAUGUGCGGGGGCACUGGUGCACAUGUGUGCGUACAUGUAUGUGUGUGUGUGUGGGCACCCGUGUGCGUGGGCACGGGCUCCGUUGCACAGGGGUGUCUGUGUGCACAUGUGCCUCCGUGCACGGAGCACCCACGUGUGUGGGCACCUUUGUGCAUCCCCGUCCCGGGGGGGCCCGGCGGGGGUCGGUGGCCGGUGGCGAGUGGCCGGGUGUCCGUGCCGGGAGUGGCCGCUGCCAGCGCUGCCAGGGGGAGUAUUUCUGGAGCGCUGUGCUCUUUCCAAUCAUGUGA